ACGAUCCAGGGCAAGGAUGAGGAGAAAUGCGCCUUGGCGCCUCGCUGCACGAAGCCAGGUCAGUGCUCCAAUGGCUCGGCCUGCUACCCCGAUACGAUGCGCUCCGGCAACCGAUCGCUUCGCGCUGGAUCUUGCCUCGACGAUUCAUCCGCCGGCGCUUGUAACAUCUGCGCCCCCAGCUCCACUCUGAUCUACAAUGGCACGCAGAUGUGCCCCGAGUGCUGCGUUCCCGGCCUGGCCUAUCGCUUCUAUGCGUGCUCGCCGCCACUCCAGAUCGUCAACCGGGCCGUGCUCUACUCCACGACUUUUAACGAGAAUCUGUCCUGCACGGAUCAAAUCUUUUCCAUCCAGGAUCAAGUGGUAUCGCUCUCUUCCGGAUGGAUCCAGCGCAACUUCAGCAUUUGCCUCACCAAUAUCAACAUCACUGCACCAAACAAUCGCAGCGUCGUGGCCAAGAUCGUGGACGAGUGCUCGUCCAAAGCUGGAUGCACUGCCGGCACUGCGUACUGGGAGCCGUGUGCUCCCAACGCCAUCGCUGGAACUCCCGGGGUGUGGAGCGCUCUUGGAUACGAUCCAGGGGAUGGAAUUCUCAGGGAUGUAAGCUGGAGCAAAACGAAUGCGUCAGUGAGUGCCUCUGGAGGAGGAGGAGGAGGAGGAUCCAAGAAGAAAAACACUGGGGCUAUCGCUGCAAGUGCUGUGGUGGGAUUCGUGCUCUUUGCAAUGGUUCCAGUGGGAUUUUAUUGGAUCAAGAUCAAGGCGAGGUUGGCUCUCAGAAGAAGGAACCAAGAACAGGUUGAGGAGAUCAGUACGCUAGUUGGUCUUCCCAAGCAAUUCAGCUACCAUUGCUUACAGAAGGCCACAAGGAACUUUGCGAAAAAGUCGAUGCUUGGAGAGGGAGGAUUUGGCAUGGUUUUCAAAGGCAACCUUUCAGAUGGAACGACAGUGGCUGUGAAGAGAAUGGACGUGGAGAUUGAGGGAUCCAACGAAGGGCAGCAGCAGUUCAAAGCGGAAGUUUUGUCAAUCGGAAGCAUCCGUCACUACAACCUCGUCCAGUUGAGAGGCUUUUGCAUACACGGGCCUUCUUCUCUGCUGGUUUACGAGUACAUGAGCAACGGUGCUCUGGACAAAUGGAUCUUUCCAAAGGACUCGCGGUUUCUAGAUUGGAGCCAGAGGCACCAAGUUGCGGUGGACGUUGCUAGAGGCCUGGCAUAUCUUCACGAAGGCUGUAGAGAACAGGUGCUUCACUUGGAUAUCAAGCCGCAGAACAUCUUGCUGGACGAGAACCUGAGAGCGAGGAUCGCAGACUUUGGCCUCUCGAAGCUCGCGGAGAGGGGGAAGAGCUACGCAGUGACGGCCAUGAGAGGCACGCCGGGAUACAUGGCUCCAGAGUGGCUCCACACAAAGGUGACGGACAGGACCGACGUUUACAGCUUUGGGAUCGUGCUGCUGGAGCUGCUAAGCUCGCGGAAGAGCUUGGAGAUCCAGAAGCACUCCUCGAGCGUGGCUUCCACCUCGGGGGCUUCAUCGUCGGCCUCAUCGCAAGGGGUCUUCAUUCUCGGUCACACCGCGGCGAGGCUCUUCCACAGUGGAGAUGUGGCGACGCUGGUGGACAGGGACCUGGAAGUGGACCUGAGCGUCGCGGAGAGAUUUGCGAAGAUCGGGCUAUGGUGCAUUCAAGAGGAUCCCGCGAAGAGACCGUCCAUCGGAAACGCUCUUGCCAUGCUCGAAGGCGACUUGGAGGUGGGAGACUUGCCUCCUCCUCCUCCAAGCGGCGCAAACUCGCCGGUUUUGAGAACUCCGGGCAUGGAUUCGUGGAGUAGCUCGCUACAAACUGGCACCUGAUCAUCGUUUCUUUUAUCAGCAGGCGAUUUGCUUUCGCCUGUGCCGCAAAUGGUUAGACAAUUAUGUACAUAAAAUCUCUCUCGCCUAAAAUUUUUUGCUUCGAUCUC